UCGGGCGACGGCGGCGCCGGCCGGGAUGGAGUGAGGGGGCGAGUGGCGGAGAAAGCGCAGCCCACCGAGCUUCGGCCCCCUCCCCCCUUUCUCUCUCUCUCUGUCUCGGGUCUAUGCGGCCCCUCAGAGACCAUGGGAUCCAGGAUCAAACAAAAUCCGGAAACUACCUUUGAAGUGUAUGCAGAAGUAACCUAUUCAGGAAUUGGUUGCACUGGGAAAGAUCCUGAGGUGCGGAGGCAAUUCCCAGAGGGCUACAGUGACCAGGAAGUUCUACAGACUUUGACCAAGUUUUGUUUCCCCUUCUAUGUGGACAGCCAUGCAGUUAACCAAGUUGGGCAGAACUUUACAUUUGUGCUUACAGACAUUGACAGCAAACAGAGGUUUGGAUUCUGUCGCUUAUCUUCUGGGGCCAAGAGCUGCUUCUGUAUCUUAAGUUACCUCCCAUGGUUUGAAGUCUUUUAUAAGCUGCUCAAUGUCUUGGCAGAUUAUUCAGCAAAAGGACAGGAUAGUCAAAGGAGUGAGCUCCUAGAAACAUUUCACAAACUUACCAUCCCUGAGCCAGGAACCUCUGUCCAUCUUGGAGUGCACUCUUACUUUACUGUGCCUGACAUCAGAGAGCUUCCUAGUAUACCUGAAAAUAGAAAUCUGACAGAGUAUUUUGUAGCAGUUGAUGUCAACAACAUGCUGCAUCUCUAUGCCAGUAUGCUGUAUGAGCGCCGCAUCCUCAUUUGUUGUAGUAAGCUGAGCACUUUAACUGCCUGCAUUCAUGGGUCUGCAGCCAUGCUCUACCCGAUGUUCUGGCAGCAUGUUUACAUUCCUGUUCUGCCCCCACAUCUAUUGGACUACUGUUGUGCCCCCAUGCCCUACCUCAUUGGAAUACACUUAAGUUUGAUGGAGAAAGUGAGAAACAUGGCCCUGGAAGAUGUAGUAAUUCUUAAUGUAGACACCAACACACUGGAAACUCCUUUUGAUGACCUUCAGAGCCUUCCUAAUGAUGUGGUUUCUGCACUGAAGAACAGAUUGAAGAAAGUCUCUACAACCACUGGAGAUGGUGUUGCAAGAGCAUUUCUAAAAGCACAAGCAUCAUUCUUUGGGAGCUACAGAAACGCCCUGAAAAUCGAACCUGGUGAACCCAUCACUUUUUGUGAAGAAACAUUCGUGUCCCAUCGUUCUGCUGUCAUGAGGCAGUUUCUCCAGAAUGCCAUUCAGCUCCAGCUCUUUAAGCAGUUCAUUGAUGGCCGCCUGGAUCUCCUGAACUCUGGUGAGGGCUUCAGUGAUGUUUUUGAAGAUGAGAUAAAUAUGGGAGAAUAUGCAGGUAGCGACAAACUGUACCAUCAGUGGCUCUCUACAGUAAGGAAAGGAAGUGGAGCCAUUUUAAAUACAGUAAAGACUAAGGCUAACCCUGCUAUGAAGACUGUCUAUAAGUUUGCAAAAGAUCAUGCAAAAAUGGGAAUAAAAGAAGUGAAAAACCGCUUGAAGCAAAAGGACAUUGCUGAGAAUGGCUGUUCUGCAGCUCCAGAGGAAUCCCUUCCUCGGACAGCACCUUCUCCAUUGGUUGAAAAGAAGGACCCUAAACUAAGAGAAGACAGAAGACCAAUCACAGUACAUUUUGGUCAGCAGCAAAGACUCCGUCCGCCUCGGCCUCCGCCUCCCAAGAUCCAGCGCUCAUCCAGGCCCGUUCGCCCACCGAGACCUCAUGUUGUCAAGAGACCCAAGAGCAAUAUCGGUGUGGAAGGACGAAGGACGUCAGUUUCUAGUCCAGAACAGCCUCAGCCCUACCGAGCCCUGAAAGAAUCCGACAGUGCUGAUGGGGAAGAGGCCAUCAGUCCAGAGCGGUCGAAGGAGCCUCUGCCUCCGAGCCCUCUGCUCUCAAGCAAGGCCACAGAAAUCAACCUCCUGGAGGACAUCUUCCCCAACUUAGAAGUAGAAGCACAACCUCAGCCCCUCAGCCAAGCCAAGAGCCUGGAAGACCUGCGGACACCCAAAGAGGAGGGGGAGCAGCGAUGCACGUUUGACUACCAGAGAAUGGAUCUGGGUGUGUCUGAGAGGAACAGGAUGGUGCCAGCCAUGAAGCUGUCUCACCCUUACAGCAAGCUGUGGAGCAUGGGCCACGAUGACAUGGCCAUUCCCACCAAGUAUUCCCAGAGCUCCCCGGAGCGGCCGCUGCCCGGCCUGGGCAACAAAGCGCCCGGCGCGAGGAGACCCCGCAGCAGGGACAGCAUCCUGGCUCCUGCAGAAAAGGAUGAGUCAAACCCUGCCAUCCAAGGGAACAUCACCAUUCCUAGGCCACAGGGAAGGAAGACUCCUGAGCUGGGAAUAGUGCCGCCGCCACCAGCACCCAGGGCUUCCAAGCAGCAGACUCCGGCUGGGCCAACAGACGCUCUCGCUGCCCAGGCCACAGCACGGAGCCAUUUGGUUUCAGAGCUUAUCCCGGAGCCCUUUGGAGUUGGCAGCGUGUCCUUCGACCCUGAAAUCCAGCCUUCCUCUCAUCCAUCUCAGCUUUUGUCCAGUGCUGCCAGCACAGCUGAGAUGCUCCAGCCUGUCAAAGUGAAGACAGAUAACACAGGUAACGAGGGUGACUACCUUCUCAACCUCCUGGAUCCGCUAAAAACAGGCAGCUGGCAAAGCAGUGGCCCCCAGCAAGGCCCCCACAGCCUGCAAAGCUCGGCCACUCCACCUUCUCCAGCUAGCUUUGUCUCGGUGGCAAGUGACUUUGUGCCUCCUCCAGCUGCACCAUUUGUCCAGCCACUUGGUUUCUCUUCCCCAGCCCCACCAGCUUUUCUACAGCCAUCUCCUAAUCCAUUUACACAGACCAUGCCAGGAGCCCUUUCAGUGUCUCUAGUCAGACCCCCGAGGGGCUCUUUCACCCCCUCUCUAGGUCACGCUUACAGCUCCAGCUUCAUAGCGCCUAAUUCCAGUUUCUAUCCGCCACAAAGACCUCAGCCAAACAUUUCAACCCUAUCCAUGCCAAACUUGUUUAGCCAGGCUCCAGCUGUGCCAGCAGCUGGCUCCUUGCUGCUGCAGAGCCACUGCCCUUCCCCAGCAAGCUCUCUGCAGCCCGUGUGUUUAAGUGGUCCUUCAAAACCCAGAACGUUACAGGUGGGCCAGCCCGGCUCAAAGGUAGAUCCCAAACAAGCGCUAGCUCUCCUGUCUAAUGAAGCCCCUCUGCUCCCUUCCAGGCCAGCUAAGGGCUUAGAGUCAGUGUUACUGUCUUCAAAAUGCGAGGAGACAAAAGAUCCAUUUGAAGAUUUGUUAAAAAAGACAAAGCAGGAGGUGUCACCCACCCCGGGGAAGGUCGAGCAGCUCCGGAAGCGCUGGGAGACCUUUGAGUGACGCUCCCGGUGCCUUUGGAUGGAACUGACACGGGGGUUGGUUUUUUUGAGCCAGCAUAAACCCAGGCAUUUGUUUUCUAGAAGGCUGAGCCAGGAUAGCUGCAGGACCAUCACCGUGCUGCGUCACACACGAGUGCUUUUUGCCCAGAGUUCAGAGCCCCCACACGCUGUGCUGGUCCCUGCAACCCCUUCCUCAUCCCCACACUGAGCCCCCGGGACUCUGCACUGACCAAAGCUUGAAGGGAGCUGGGUUUGAGGUCUGGGUUGGGUCACAGAGCUUUCCAGACACUACCCUGAUACAGCAGCUCCUUCCUUAGCCAGCAGGAGCGCGGCUGGUGGUACAGAGCCUUCACGUUUUGCUUUCACAGGUAAAGAGCAGCAAAGCUCAACUCGUGAGCUGCAUGGAGUGAACCCACGAGGCUCUGAGCUGGUCCUGUCUUGCUGUUCAUUUAGGUUCUACUAUGGGGUGAGCUUUUGUUGCAGGUCUUUGCUUUCCCUCCCCCAGGACACUGAGCAGUGCCAGCAGAACUGUCACGUUCACUGUUGCAGCACAGAGCAGUUGCUCAGGCUUUGGUCCUGCAGCUCUGUUGGGAAACUGGAAACACCAGCAAUUGAGUUUCUUUUUGUUUUGAUUUUUGUUUCUUUGUUUGGUUUUGUUAAACACAUCAGAAAAUCGAGGCCAUGGAGAGGAUCCUGGCUCUUACAGCUGUGUGUGUGAAUACUGUGUAUAAAUGCUGUAAAUGGCAGUAGAUGAGUGGGAUGUAACAAUAUCUUCCUUGAUUAUCACAAACAAACAGAAAAGAGGGGAAAAAAACAUGGGGGUAUAAAAAGGGGAGUGUGAAAGGUGCCAGAACAGGAGCCAGAGCCAGGACCUGCGGGUGCCCAGGGGCAGGGAGGGAGGGAGGCACCUCCAGCCUCAGCCCCUGGGACUCUCCCUGGGCCUGUGGGGCUCAGCCCCUCACCCCAGGCUCUCUGUGGGGCUGAGGCUCCCAGCCAGGGCUCCGUGGGGCUCAGCCCCUGACCUGCUGAGGCCGUCUGUGCUGCGCUGGGCCCGGCCUGACGGCGAGGUCACGGAGCACAGGAGGCCGAUGUGAAGGUUCAGGGGUACGUUUGCCCUGAGACACUUUUCUGUGGCAAGAGGAUUCUCAGCAGGUUGCAUCCCCCUCUCAGCAUCCCUUAGGAACCCGCUGUCUCUGCAGUGAGCCUUUUGGUUUUCCUUCAGUGGUGCUUUUCCUGUUUGGUUUGGUGUUUGGGCACAAUCUGAUGUAAACACGUUGCUCUAGGAGAGGUAACACAUCACCAUUAAGCCUUUGAUAAAGGAAUCUGUUUUGGACUCGUGGGGGAUUCUUGUAAAGCUUUAUCUGAUUUCCAAUGUAUUUUAUUCAUAUAACCUUGGAAGUUUCUUACUCCAGUGGAUGAAAUGAAAUGGCUGUCGCUGCCUCUGUGCAAUACACAGGUACUCGCUGUCCAACCCGGCGCCAGGUUGCGCAAGAGCCCAGGAUGACGUUAAUAGUAGAGUUCUGUAAAGCCCUGUUCCUCUGACAAGCCAUUCUGUUGGGUUUGUAUUUUCUUUUUGUGUUGGAAGACAGAUGGUUUUAGUAUUGCAUAGUAAAAUAU